GCAGGGAGCAAUACACAAACACACAAAAUCUGAAUCUUUGAGACAGAAGCAUAGUUUGCAGGACAUUGUAACUACUUUGGUGCUGCCAUACAACAACAUGGAGGUGGACACAGAGAAAGAAGAACAUCAGUUAGCAAAUAAAGACGACAAAUCUAUGAAAAGUAUUGUUCUCAGCUCAGUGUCGGAAUUCAGCAUCACAGAUGUGCCAUCCAAAGACAUCAGGAAUGACAGAAAACUCUCGGACUCUACUACAUCUUCAUUAUCAUCACUUCAGAAAUGUGAAGCACAAUUCAGCUACCUCGAAGAUGCUGCAUCAGGCCACGAAAGAGACAAUAAUGAUGAAUGUGCCACACUCAUCCUGGCCUGCUUAUUCUGCCAGUUUUGGGAGUUUCUGUUCAUGUUGCCCGAUGUCUGUGAAAACUGGCUGAUCGAUACGUGCUGCCCUUCGCAUAGAUAUCACCAAACAUCAAGCGAUACUUCCAACAACGGUGACUGCAGCUGCAACUGUGACAUUGAUUGCAGCAUCCUUGAGUCUUGUCAGGAAAGUGGAGAAUGUCUUGAACUGGCUCUGGAAAUCUCACAAGUCUGUUAUCACUAG